AUGACAGGGGACUUACUGACUAGAGAAGAAAAUUUCGACGUUGAGAUCGAUAUGGCUUCUAUUGAGGCACAGGUGCUGGCGAGGCUCGGAGAAGCAGGACAUCUGCCACCAAUCAGCACGUCCUCUGCAGACGGUAAUUCUCUUCGACGACUCGCUUCCUACCAAGGUUUUCAUUGUCGGAGAUCCGACAAAAGCGUGUCCGCAGAGUUGCAGACGACAUGUGGCCGACCCUGACGACAUCCGAUAUCACAGGAACAAUGGCCGGCAUGUCCGUUCGAGCGCCUCGCGAGCAGAAUCCAACUUUGAUUAUUGGUCUCUCAGACAAGCUUCUCCCUAUGAGGAAAUGAGUGGAACAAUUGAUAGCCACGGGAGAAAUAUCCAGUCCUGGAAGCUGUUCAUCGACUAAUCGCUUUUCAUCUACCCUCUUGCAUUGGCACCGGAAUUUAUAAAACUUCAAGAAAACUACCGUAAGCUCCGAAAUAAAUAAAUAAAAAGGCCAAAGAUUUGAGAAGAAGCUGUCAGUCGGUAUCAGACGCCGUUUCUCGGCAAAAAAAACGUCGUCCCGAAAUCGCCUUGGCGGGUUUCAGCCAUAAUUAUCCUCCACUCGGUUCUUUAUUUUGGUUUCACCGCGGCUUAGCAGUUUUAAUGCGUUUGCUGUGGAAAUUGCGUCUGCCGGCUUAUUUGAAGAUAAUUGUGAGAACGUUCUCCGCUGUAAGACGUCCAGAAAGAUCAUGCUAAUUUUUGAGUGCUCUGAGAACACAAGUGGGAGGAACACUUGAAAAUAAAGCGAAUCUUCGCGCAUUCGAAAAUUCAGACCGAUUCACAGUUUUAUAAAUCUUACCGAAGAUUCUAAAUGGGUGGUAGAUGCUGAGGUCACUAAGUUUCAUCUAAAGUCUUGAGAUAGAAUCAAGGUAGUUCCAAAAGAUUGAGAUAGAGAAACUAACAGCGAGAGGUGUACUGCGGGGAAGACGAACCACAAGUUCGAUAUCUUGACUUCAAAAAAUAGAUACUGAAAGAGACGAGUCUCAGCGGACUUGGUCUUGGAAAAAAGGAUGAAAGGCACCUGCAGCUGAAAGUUGGCGAAAGGGGGAAUGAAUUGAAGCGUGGACGAAAAGGCGAGUAUAAAGUCCGACAAUGGGUGUCUCCCAAAUCGGUUUCGAGUGAAGUAGACUCAAUAUAUCACGAGUUCAAAUCGUUGUGGCUCGAGGACCCGCCCCCUUUCGCUGGGGGCUCUUUCGCUCAGAGACCAUUCAUGGUUCGCGUGCAUGGAAGUCGACCUUCGCGAAGAAGAUGAGCCGUAAAAAGGGUUCACAGAGUCACCAAUUGCAGAAUGAUCGAAUUCCCAACUUUUAACUCUCGAGUCACCAUCCCUUGUCACUUCAAACUCAAUCGUCUUUAGAAAUCCAACUUAGAAACACAACAAAAUCGAGUUUUCAUGAGCUGCUGAGAAAAUCUUUAUUUCUGAAUUCUCUGAUUAAAAAUAGCGAAAACUGAAACUUUUGUCAGACUAGUCUUUCUUAUAGCCUCUGGAACAAUUGCGACUUCUCUUGUAGUUUAAAAAAGAAAAAAGGGACAUUUCGUAAAGUGCUCGAUAUACAUAUCACGAUGGAUCGCCGAUAUCGCGACAUUGUGUGUUUACGCUUAUGUUCGCGGAGGUGUGAGUCGGCUACUGCGGACGGAGCAAAGCAAACACACCGUAACCGCAGGUAUCACUUUGUUCGGCGGGCAGGUGCGACGAUCAAACAAUCAGCAGCCGUGUAAGACGAGAAGCUGAUAGCUCGCGACAGCGCGCAGCUGUGGCUUCUCGUCGCGCGACUUUUUCUUCCAGUCGUUUCAGGCUAUUUCGGUCAGGCUCCAACAGUUAUUCAAGCGCACAUCCAAGGUCUGGUCUUCUCUCAGCUUGAUUUUUACUUCAAAUAAAAAGACAUUGGUUCUUUUUUUAAUGUUUUGUUAAUUAAAUUCCUGAAUAAUUGAUGGAACUGCACUUUUUUUAAAAUAGAAAUUUUUAUUUUUACAUAGAGCUAAAAGGACUUUGACUUCAAAAAAUACCAUCAUCACUCCGGACAUACUUUUUUUUGAUUGAUAAAAGGGCCAGCUGAAAGCUUCUACCAAAAAGAGACUUUUUCCAUUCCAGUGGACACACUCGAUCUGAUAUCAUUCCAGAUGAAAGAAGGAGGAAGUUGGUAGCCGCAUCAGAAGCAAAUAGGAAAUUCGACACGCCUGAGCGCAACGACAACCUUUCAAACGUUGAUAAUGGGGGCCAGAAGCUGGCCGUUUUGGAUUUCAUGGGCCAACGGUGCGUGAUAGCGCGUCGCCGAGCUCGUCCACCUGGAAAAUCGAGCUUCGUCACCCGCCUCCGGCCGAGCUGA